GUUCACUUCUGCUACAACAAAGAAACUAUUGCUGGAUUACAGUCUUAGAUUUACACAAACUGUUUCACGGCUCAUCGGCGAUCAUGGCAACCACAACCUCAACAAACAACCCUCUUCUCCUUGCAGCAGCCGUCGCACAUGGUGUGCUGGCUUUGGGGCAUACGACAAAGGGGCUUGAUCAAUUCAAGCAUCCCUCUCUGAACACCCUGCCUACCGCACUCCGCGGCGCCGUCAAAGCAGGAUGGUAUGAAGGCAGUGGCUUCUUUCUCAUUAUGGGCAUUCUCAACUUCCGGUGGUACAAAACCGGUAUUAGUGACGUAUAUGACAAAAGUAUCGCCGGUAUCCUCGUAAGCCUUCUCGUGGCGGCGGGCGCUGCGUACUACAGGAGUGGGGAUAAACCUACUGCAACGACGCUGGCUGUUGUAGCCAUUUUGCAGGGAUUGGGAGUAAGGCAUGCUUUCGUUGGUUGAUUCGGGCUAGAAGUGUGUGUGGAAUAGGGGAGGAAGAGUGGCCAGUCACGUUUCACGGUCAGAUUGCUUCACCUGUAUCGUUUACUGGU